UCUUAACAAUAGACUAUUGAAUAGGUAAAUGAAGCUCAGACUGUUUCAACAGUACCACUGUUGACGGGAUCCAGUCAUAAACAUCCAGCAGGCAGUGAGUUAACUAACCAGCCCUUUGGAAGAGGAAAUGGAGGGUUGUGCUGUCUGAUUAUAUUGACAGCUACUGUGGGCAUAUAUUAAAGAGCAAAAAAGUCAUAGCUUCAAAGUCUGUGUAGCUUUGUAGCUGUCUCGCUUUUGUCUCGCAGUUUCAAGAUCCAGCAUGCUGCAUCAGAUAGCCUUGCUGGCCACUGUUACUGUCCUGGGAGUCUUGGAACAAGCCUAUUUUGCCAUGCAGGUGAUCUACGUUCGGCGGAAGUGCAAAGUCUCUCCUCCUGUGACUUCAGGUCCUCCAGAAUUUGAAAGGAUCUUUAGAGCUCAAGCAAAUUGCACCGAAUACUUCCCAAUAUUUCUUUCCCUCUUGUGGGUGGCUGGAGUCUUUUCCCAUCAAGUUUUGGCUGCCUGCUGUGGGGUUCUUUAUCUGAUUGCUCGCUAUCAGUACUUUAGUGGAUAUGCACGAUGUGCUCAAGGAAGACUCGCACCCUUGUACCUCAGUGCUGGAGUUCUUUUCAUUCUUAUUGGCUUGUCUGUGACAGGGCUCCUUAUCUAUUUUGUGCCACACCCAUGUUUUUUAUUCCCGAAGUAAGCUUCUGAGUCAGCGUCUAGUGCCCUUCUGCUGGUAAAUUAUCCUGCUUAUGACACCAUAGGUUUCAAUUUUCAUUCCAACAUUCAUUUCAUUUCUUUAAAUUAAAAUGAU